CCAUGAUCACCAAAUGCUAAUUCUUGGAUCCGAGGACCAUCAUCCAAAAGUUGAGAUGACAGAAGGUUAUAAGGAAACUGAUACAUCUAAGCUACAAAAACAAUUAAGUGACACUUCUUGUUACUUCUCCAAGCAAGAAGGUAGCACUUCUGACAAAGAAGAACGGUCCAAAUCUAUGACCAAGCUCUGUGGACUCGUGUUUUUUUACUUGAUUGUUAUGACAGUGGAGAUUGUUGGUGGUUUGAAAGCAAAUAGUCUAGCGCUUCUUACUGAUGCCGCCCAUUUGUUAACUGAUAUUGGUGGAUUUUCAAUAUCUUUGUUUAGUGUGUGGGCUGCAGGGUUUAGUGCGACUCCACAUCAGUCUUUUGGUUUCAGCAGGAUAGAAGUUUUGGGGGCUCUUUUAUCUGUACAGUUGAUAUGGAUUGUUUCCGGGUAUUUGAUCUUUGAAGCAAUUGUAAGACUAGUUCAUAAGCAAUCGGAUGUAAAUGGUGCACUAAUGUUUCCGAUUGCAGCAUUUGGUUUUACAAUCAAUUUUGUCAUGAUAAUGUGGCUUGGCCAUGGUCACAGUCACGGUCAUGGCCAUAGUCACAGUCACAGCCAUGACCAUGAUCAUGGCCACAGCCACGACCAUGCUCAUGGGCGAUCUCGUGAUACAAGAAUUGAGAUUGAGAUACAUCAUGAUUCAAAUGAAGAAGAGAGUACAAAUUUGAUGGUGUCAACUUCUGAAGGCAAGAACGGGGCAAUGAACAUAAACAUUAAAGGGGCUUAUUUGCAUGUAAUGGUGGAUAUGAUACAGUCAGUUGGGGUGAUGAUUGCUGGACUAGUUAUUUGGAUCAAACCGGAAUGGUUGAUGGUUGAUCUGGUUUGUACCUUGAUCUUCUCGAUUUUAGCCUUAUGUACUACUCUACCGAUGCUUAAAAAUAUCUUUUCUAUAUUAAUGGAGAGCACACCAAGUGAAGUCGAUGUUGUGCGCUUGAAAGGUGAUCUAAAUAGCAUCAAGGGACUUCAUGAUGUUCAUGAUCUACAUGUAUGGGCAAUAACUCAAGGCAAAAUUGUAUUGUCUUGUCAUAUAAUCGUCGAGCCAAGUGUAAACUCACAUGAAAUACUUCACACUGUUAUAGAUUUAUGUGAAGGUACAUACGGAAUUCAUCAUGUAACUGCACAAAUAGAAUCCUUGUCUGAAAUUUUAAAAGGUUGA